AUGAAGAUGUCGCUUACACACAGUCGACAACAAUUUCUUGCGUAUGAAACACAUGGAGAUCCAGCUAUCCACUAUGGGCGGAAAGGUGGAUUCUUCAUUUCGACCUGCAUCUGCGUUUGCUUCGUUAUAUGUGCUGUAUUCGCGGCUGCUUUAGUUGGAAUUAUUGUUUAUCACAUCACUUACUUUACGUUAGGACAGCAACCAAAAGACUUAUGGGAUGAGAGUGAACCGUUUGGCCAAAGCAGCUCACCAGCACCAGAUUUACGUCUACCCACUACUGUUAUCCCUAGCUUUUACAGACUCAAGAUAAAAGCUGACUUAGAUAAGUCCCAGUUCUCUGGAGAUGCAUACAUAACAAUAAAAGCAAACAAGAGGGUAAAAGAAAUAAUACUACACUCAAAAGGACUAGUCAUUAAAAAUGCCACACUUGGAGAACAAAUAUAUGAAGAAGUAGAUAUUAUGCGGUCAAGAAUAAAACGAAACACAACUGACACCUCAACAGAAAAUGUAACAACAGAUGGAGCUACAACUGAAAAUGCAAUAGAGAAAGCUAAUGGCUUAGACACAUCAACAAACAGUUCUGAUCCAGACCCUGUUACAAUAUCAUCUGUGGCAAGUGUCAACACUCAAGUAACUCAUAGUAAUGUACGAAAUAUAGAAAUUAUAUCAUUUCAAUCAAGCUCUGGUGAUAGAUUGACUUUAAAGCUAGGCAGUAUGCUGACACCCAACAUAGAUUAUACUCUGCAACUAUCCUUUGAAGGCAGAAUAAGUGAUUCACUGACUGGAUUCUACAAAAGCAGCUAUAGGAAUUCUGAUAAUGAAGAUAGAGAAUUGGGUGUAACUCAAUUUGAGCCAACAUCAGCUAGGGCGGCCUUCCCUUGUUUUGAUGAGCCUGCUUUUAAAGCCAAAUUUGAGAUCAGUAUAGCACAUCCUAAGAAUAUAUCAGUUCUGUCCAAUAUGAAGGUGGCUACACAGGAAUCUGUAAAAGAUCAACCAAACUGGCAGUGGACACAUUUCGAAAGAUCAAUAAAUAUGUCUACAUACUUAGUUGCUUAUGUGCUGUGUGACUUUAAAUACGUAGAAACGAAUUACACAGGCAAGGAUAAUAAAAUUAAGGCAAUACGGGUGUGGACACAACCUUCACUGAUACAUAAGGCCAAUUAUGCUUUGUCAAUAACACCUAAAUUGUUAGCGUUCUACGAAGAAGUGUUUGGCGUGCCAUAUGCUUUAGAUAAGCUGGAUUUGAUCGCGAUACCAGAUUUUUCCAGUGGUGCUAUGGAAAAUUGGGGCCUACUUACUUUCAGAGAAACUAGCCUAUUAUUUGAUGAGAAAGAAGGCAUGCCUGGUGAAAAACGUGGUGUUGCCAUAGACGUGUCGCACGAACUCGCUCACCAGUGGUUCGGAAACCUCGUCACUAUGCGCUGGUGGACUGAUCUCUGGCUAAACGAAGGAUUUGCCACAUAUAUUGAAUAUGUGGGCGUUAAUCAUAUUCAACCUGACUGGGAGAUGUUCCUAUCAUUCACUCAUGAUAAAAUGAGCCUCCUUCACACUGAUUCACUGAAGAACACGUCUCCAGUAUCAAGGAAAGUCAUAGAUGCUUCGGAAAUAUCACAGAAAUUCGACGAUAUAUCAUACGCAAAGGGCGCUAAUCUUAUACGAAUGCUUAACAAUACAAUAUCGGAACGAUUGUUUUUGAAAGGCUUGGCUAUAUAUUUGGAUACUUGGCAAUACCAGAAUGCAGAAGAAAAUGACCUAUGGGAGGCGAUGUCUCAAGCGACAACCGAUGACGAGUUCCUAAAAGAUGUGUCGCUAGUUGAAUUCAUGAAUUCGUGGACACGACAAGCCGGAUAUCCGGUCGUGCACGUCAAACGAGAUUAUAAAACCGGGCAUGUGCUGUUUGAACAGCGUCUCUUUACUAGUGCAAAGAAUCCUUACAAAUCUAUGGAGAAGCAAUUAUGGCAGAUUCCUAUCAGCUAUACGACUUCUGGGACCCCGAGUGGCGAAUGGACCCCCCAUCCUAAAUUAUGGCUCAAGGGGAAAACUCUUACUGCCGAGAUACCACUUAAUGAUACAGAGGGUUUUUACGUCAACGUCGGGGCUAUUGGAUAUUAUAGAGUGAAUUACGAUCAGAAGAACUGGCAACUCCUUAGCGAAGCCCUAAAAGAUGGCAGCAUCAAAGACCCCAUAGCGAAAGCGCAACUUAUAGACGACGCUUUCAACUUGGCUAAAGCAAAUCUUUUGAACUACAGUUACGCACUGGGUUUGACUAGCUGUGUCAUAAAUGGAGAGGAUUCGAAAAUAAUUUGGGACAUGCUUCUCGACAACAUGGCGUUCUUGAGAUACAAUUUGAAGACUAAGUCGGGUUACAUGUAUUUCCAAGACUAUGUGAGACUUCUGUUAGCCAAACAAUUAGAGAAACUAAAUUACGGCGUCAAAAAACCCGUCGACGACAACGAAGCCUUGCUCAUCGAGAACCUUCUGUUGUGGGAGUGCAUGGUGGAGGCUCCUAGAUGUCUCAACUGGGCUAAAACUGAAUUUCACCAAUGGAUGAGUCAUCCGGAAAAUAAUACUAUCCCCAGCUACCUCCGUUCGCUAGUGUACAACGUGGCGGUAAAACACGGAGGUCGAGAAGAAUUCUUUUUCCUGUGGGAGGUGUUCCAAAACAGCACCGAUCCUGCCGUCAAGAACCUCAUCAUCACCAAUUUGCCCAGCACGAGGCAGGAGUCGCUAAUCACUUUCUUACUAGAAAAGAGUUUAUCAGAAAUACCUAAACAAUACGCCGCGACAGUGUGGGGCGCUGACCCACCUGAAGGCACCCGUAUCACACAGAACUUCCUCAUCCAGAACUUCGACACAGUAUACAGGGUGUUCAAUGAUCUGGAUUCUUUUACAUUUUCAAGUAUCCUGAGCAUGGUCUUCGGAUUUAUCGCGGAAAACGAUGAAUUGGAUAAGCUAAAACAGUUCGUGAUGCAGAACAAAAAUAGACUGGUGCCGAUGUCCCAGACAUUGCAGAUGAUUGUGGACACUGCCACGUUAAGGAUAGACUGGAUUCGCACCCACUCUAGAGGCAUUAAUGAUUGGUUCCACAAAUACCUUGUUGAACACGCAUCACGAAACAUUUCAAUGUCAACUGACGCAACGUGGACACAAAAUGUCACAAUAAAUAUUUCUGAUAGCAACACCACUGCCCCUAGUUCCUAG